UAGACUUUGUAUGAAGAAGGGUAGAUUUUGUGUUUGUGGUUUUUUGUUUAUUUUGUUCUCCUUUAUUUUCGCUUUUCUAAUGCCUGAAAGUGAGCUAGAGUUAGUGUUUGUUGUAAGCAUAGAAAAGUAAAUUCUGUAAGUAGGAAGGAUUCUUCCAUCUGAGACAUUGUUUUGUUGACACUCACUACUUGAACUGAAUUUUCUCUACUAAUAAACAGCAGUGAAAAUAUCCCUGCAAAACCACAUACUCUUAGAAACGGAUUGCUAUACCUAGAGUGUAUAUCAGAACUGAAAUGAAAAAGUCAAGAUCAGAAACCCAAAAACUUACAGAUGGAUUGGUAGACAUUGGAAACCUAGCUCAAUGGUCAAGUUCAAGUGAAAAGAGUGGCUUCCCUAUACGCUUGGUUCGAGAUGAUAAUGUCGAGAGUUAUUGGCAAUCAGACGGGUCGCAACCUCAUACCAUUCAUGUAAAGUUUGUGAAACGAGUUUCCGUGAAGUUUGUCAGCUUGUAUUUACAGUAUACCUUUGAUGAGUCGUAUACUCCAGAGAGACUUCGUAUAUCAGCAGGCACAGGGUUUCAUGAUUUGGAGCUGGUCACAACGGUUCAGCUUGAAGAACCGACUGGCUGGGUUCAUGUCCCUGUGGGUGAUUUUGGGCGUAAUGGUCUGCUAGAUGCCAACCUGAUUGAAGUAAAGAUUCUUGGGAAUCACCAAAAUGGUAAAGAUAGCCAUGUCCGCCUUAUAAAGGUUUAUGCCCCUGAGACACACUUUAAUUUCUCUAUUGACGAACUGCCAUACACGAGCAUCCAAUUUAAAAGCCGAAACCAGUUGCGGUGAUUCUUCUUAUAUAGAACAUCUGCUUCGGAAGGAUGCUUAUUCUAAUGAUUGAAAAACUUAUGUUAUGAUACUAGAAAUAUUUGUAAAUCUAUUUAGAAGCUAACGCAUUCAAAUUAUAUAAAGGUAUUAAAGUAGAUAGAUUAGUAUCUUUUAUCACUCUUUUCAUACUUCAUGAUCAAACAAGUCAACAAUAUCUAUUUGGCAAAACCCUUGUUGGUACUCAAUCCGU